AUGACUCGCACCUAUAUUCGUAAAAAAGUACGUGGUUAUUCAUCUGCUGAUCUUGAAGUUGCAUUACAAUGUAUUCGAGAAAAUACAUUAACAGUAAAUGCUGCUGGUGAAAAAUAUCAUAUUCCUCGAGCUACCCUUUAUGCACGUUUAUCUUAUCGUCGUGGCGUUGGAAAACAAGGUGGUAAAACUAUCUUAUCAACAGAAGAAGAGAAACUUCUUAUUCAUGUUAUACACAAAUAUCAAGAAUGGCAGCAGCCACUGACUCAAUCCGAUGUGAUUUCAAUCGCACGAGACUUUAUGAUCGAAUUGAAUAAAAAAAAUAUUGAUAACAAUUCUUCAUUACGCGAAUGGUUUUUGUGUUUUCGUCAACGAUGGAAGAGUGAAAUUAAACUGGUGGAAGCUUAUAAACUUGAAAAGGUUCGAUCUGUUUCAUGUACUCAAAUGACUGUUGAUCGUUGGUUUGAUCAUCUACGUGACGUUUUUACUAAAUUUAAUCUAUUUGAUUCGCCAGAAGUGAUAUACAACGUUGAUGAGUCCGCAUUUGGUGAUGAUCCAUCUUGA